GUCUUUUCGUUUAGGAUGAAGAUAAAGCUACAGCUUCCCCGAAAACAAAAUCAGGAAUCCCAUUUCUCAGUGCCUAGAGGAAGCAAAGACUCGAAGGUACACGGUGCAAAUUCUUGGAUCAUCUUUUCUCAUGUCCUGUUGCUAGCAGAUAAAUUUACAUGUUAUAUAUGCAUUGUGUGUUGUGAAAUGUCCACUCCAUUUUGUGCCUCUAGCGUAUAUAUGGCUCAAGCACAGGACAGGGCAAGCUCCAAACUCUCAAGCUAUGAUGACUACUUUGAGACUAUCCAAUCCAGGAAGAAAUUACCUUUUUCUAUACAGGAAACUUUGACACUUGCAUUUGGAAAGAUUCCAGUUUCAUCUUUCCCACUAGUUCCUGGGGGCAAAGUCGUGGAGAUUCUAGCAGAUACAUCUGUUGCUGAUGCAGUGAAGAUUCUUUCUGAAUGCAACAUUCUGUCAGCUCCAGUGAAAAAUCCAGAAGCAAAAACUAGUUCGGAUUGGAGAGACAGGUAUUUAGGAACUAUAGACUAUUCAGCCAUUGUUCUGUGGGUGUUGGAAAGCGCAGAACUUGCUGCAGUUGCUCUUUCGGCAAGUUCAGCGACAGCUGCUGGAGUUGGUGCAGGUGCUGUUGGCGCUCUUGGCGCUCUAGCAUUGGGUGCGACAGGUCCAGCUGCAAUUGCAGGGUUAACUGCGGCCGCAGUUGGUGCCGCUGUGGCCGGUGGUGUGGUUGCUGAUAAAGGAAUGGGCAAGGAUGCUCCAACAGCUGCUGAUAACUUGGGCGAUGAUUUCUACAAAGUUAUUUUGCAAGAUGAACCCUUCAAGUCAACCACAGUUGGAUCAAUACUUAAAUCCUAUCGCUGGGCCCCUUUCAUUCCAGUUGCACCAGACAGUUCUAUGUUAAGUGUCCUACUUCUACUCUCAAAAUAUAGGCUGAGGAAUGUACCUGUAAUAGAACCAGGCAACCCUGAUAUCAAGAAUUUCAUUACUCAAUCAGCAGUUGUUCAAGGUCUAGAGGGAUGCAGAGGAAGGGACUGGUUUGAGUGCAUUUCUUCCCUGCCUAUCUCUGAUUUAGGACUUCCUUUCAUGUCUUGCAAUGAGGUUAUUAGCAUCCAGAGCGAUGAUCUAAUUCUUGAAGCUUUCAAACGGAUGCGAGAUAAUAAAAUUGGUGGUCUUCCAGUUGUAGAGGGGCCAAAGAAGAAGAUAGUCGGGAAUGUAAGCAUUAGAGACAUCAGAUAUUUGCUGCUGAAACCUGAGCUCUUCUCCAACUUCAGGAAGCUCACUGUUGAGGACUUCAUGAACACCAUCGUCACAACAACCCCAGAAACAGGAAAAAUUGUCCCAGCAAUUACGUGCAAACUAAAUUCAACCCUUGGCAGCGUGAUCCACAGCCUUGCUUCCAAGUCAGUGCACAGGAUUUAUGUGGUUGCCGGUGAGGAAAAUGAAGUUGUUGGCGUUGUCACACUCAGGGAUGUGAUUUCUUGCUUCAUUUAUGAACCCCCAGACCAUUUCGAUAACUACUUGGGGUUUGCAGUUAAAGAAAUGCUGAAUCAGUGAAACUUUCAGUUUUCAAAUACCACAAAAUGGAUAUGUAGACUUGUAAUAAUGGUUUUCAGACCACAGAAGAAUUAAAUUGUGGAAAAUGCUUCAUUAGA